GCACUGCUCGCUUCGCUUUUCAGUGGGGCGGCUGCUGCAAGUUCAACCUCAUUAACUCACAGCCGUGCAGAGGGAUCAGAAAAUGACUGCCCAAACGACCACCGAACCCCCCAAAUGUUGCUUCUUCAACAUCAAGACAGCAACAGUCGCUCUAGGGAUCUUCCACGUGGUUAUGAGCGUUUUGCUGCUGAUCGAGUACUCCCUGGAGGUCGCAGGUGGGAAAGGCUUUUGCAAAGACCUGGACAAGGAUUACUACAGAAUUGCUGAUGUCAUCACCAGUUUCCUGUUGAUCAUCAUGCUGUUUGUCAUCAGCUUCAACCUCCUCCUUGGUGUGGUGAAGAAGAGGGAACGUCUCCUGAUCCCAUUCCUUGCUCUGCAAGUCAUGGACUUUCUCCUCAGCCUCCUAACAAUGUUCAGUUCCUACAUGCAAGUCCCAGCGAUCAUUUCUGUGUCCUCCCUUAGCCACACGCAGGGACACUCGAAGAUCCCUUUCCUGGCUCUGCAGCUGCUGGAUUUCUGCCUGAGUAUUCUCACUCUCUGCAGCUCUUGUGUGGAGGUCCCCACCUAUCUCACCCUCAAGUCUUCAGACAAUGGGGGCUUUUUGCCAACCCUGGACAAGUUACCGACAGAGGAAUACUCCAAAGUGAUGGUCACCUUCACCAUCGCGUUCAUUGCCGUCCUCUUCCUGAAGGCCUAUAUGUUCAAAUGUGUCCUGAGCUGCUUCAAGUAUAUAAAAGCCAGCAAGACAGAGGAGGCGAAAGUCGACCCACAAGCAGUUGAAAAGGCUGUGCUGCCAUCAUAUGAGGAAGCCUUAGAGUUGCCUUCCAAGGAAUCCCCACCACCCUACGUAACAAUCUAAGCUCCACUCAUGGAGAGAAGAC